UUCCCCACUUAGUUGGCCAAGCAGCCAAACCAGAAAUGGAAUCGUAUUUGGCUCGCCCUGGAGACUCGAUAGUUUUACAGUGCAGGCUUCGAGAGGAUGUUCAGAGCAUCAGCUGGGUGAAAAGCGGAGUUCAGCUUUCGGAGACUAACCGCACGCGCAUAAAAGGGGACGUGAUCCAGAUUCUCAACGCAGGGCUGGAGGAUUCUGGGUUGUAUACCUGUGUGACUAGCGGCCCAUCUGGAUCUGAUACCGUGUUGUUCAGAGUUAACAUAUCAGCUUCUGCCGAAGAUGAAGAUGAUGACGACGAUAAUUCUUCUUCAGAAGAGAAGGCAACAGAGAACUCUAAACCCAAUCGACCGUAUUGGGCAAACCCGGAAAAGAUGGAGAAGAAAUUACAUGCUGUACCGGCAGCCAAAACCGUGAAGUUCAGGUGUCCGGCAGGCGGGACACCUACACCCACACUACGCUGGCUAAAGAACGGCAAAGAGUUCAAACCAGAUCACCGCAUCGGUGGUUAUAAGGUCCGUUCUCAGACAUGGAGUCUUAUAAUGGAUUCGGUUGUUCCAUCUGACAAGGGGAAUUACACCUGUAUUGUAGAGAACAAGUAUGGCAAUAUUAACCACACGUAUCAGCUGGAUGUAGUCGAGCGUUCCCCUCACCGGCCAAUCCUUCAAGCUGGACUGCCAGCGAAUACAUCAGUCACUGUUGGAAGUAAUGCCGAGUUCUACUGCAAAGUGUACAGUGAUCCACAGCCUCACAUACAAUGGCUUAGGCACAUUGAGAUCAACGGGAGCAAAAUAGCCUCCGAUGGCUACCCUUAUGUGGAGAUUCUGAAAACUGCAGGAGUCAACACCACCGACAAGGAGAUGGAGGUUCUCCACCUGACGAAUGUCACUUUUGAGGAUGCUGGCCAGUAUACCUGCCUGGCCGCUAACUCCAUUGGGCUCUCUCAUCACUCUGCAUGGUUGACCGUUCUUGAAGUGGAUGAGAAACCAGCACACAUGACGUCCUCACUGCACCUUGAAAUUAUAAUUUACUGCACGGGAGCUGCUAUUGUGUCUGCCAUGUUUGUGACCAUCAUUAUCUUCAAGAUGAAGCAUCCUUCCAAGAAGUCUGACUUCAACAGCCAACUGGCCGUCCACAAGCUGGCCAAGAGCAUUCCACUGCGCAGACAGGUAACAGUGUCUGCAGAUUCCAGCUCUUCAAUGAAUUCUGGAGUAAUAUUGGUUAGGCCUUCUCGGCUGUCAUCAAGUGGAACACCAAUGUUAGCUGGUGUAUCUGAAUAUGAGCUUCCUGAAGACCCCAGAUGGGAAGUAGCAAGGGACAGGUUAAUUCUUGGAAAGCCACUUGGAGAAGGCUGUUUUGGUCAAGUAGUUAUGGCAGAGGCUAUCGGGUUAGACAAGGAAAAACCAAACAGGGUCACAAAAGUUGCAGUCAAAAUGCUUAAAUCUGAUGCAAGUGAGAAGGACCUGUCAGACCUUAUUUCAGAAAUGGAAAUGAUGAAAAUGAUCGGAAAGCACAAAAAUAUCAUCAAUCUUCUUGGGGCCUGCACUCAGGAUGGCCCUUUAUAUGUGAUCGUUGAAUAUGCUGCUAAAGGGAAUCUCCGAGAAUAUCUUCGAGCAAGGCGUCCACCUGGUAUGGAAUAUUGUUACAACCCUAGCUGUGCCCCCGAUGAGCAGCUCACCUUUAAAGACCUGGUCUCCUGUGCCUAUCAGGUGGCACGAGGCAUGGAAUACCUGGCUUCCAAAAAGUGCAUCCACAGAGAUCUGGCUGCUCGGAAUGUUCUCGUAACAGAGGAUAAUGUCAUGAAAAUUGCUGAUUUUGGCCUUGCUCGUGAUAUCCACCAUAUUGAUUAUUACAAAAAGACAACAAAUGGCCGCUUGCCGGUAAAAUGGAUGGCUCCUGAAGCUCUAUUUGACCGAAUCUACACUCAUCAAAGUGACGUGUGGUCCUUUGGGGUAUUACUGUGGGAAAUUUUUACACUUGGAGGCUCGCCAUAUCCUGGUGUCCCUAUGGAAGAACUUUUUAAGUUACUAAAAGAAGGACAUCGGAUGGACAAGCCCACAAAUUGCACCAAUGAACUGUACAUGAUGAUGAGAGACUGUUGGCAUGCGGUGCCAUGCCAGAGACCCACCUUUGUACAGCUGGUGGAAGAUCUGGACCGUAUAGUGGCCCUCAGUUCUAACCAGGAGUACCUUGAUCUGGCCAUGCCAGUGAGUCAGUAUUCUCCAUGUUUCCCAGACACAAGAAGCUCCACGUGUUCUUCAGGGGAAGAUUCUGUUUUUUCUCAUGAUCCGUUACCAGAUGAGCCUUGUCUUCCCAAAUACCCCAAUGGAGGACUUAAAAAACGCUGA